UCUCUCAUCCCAUCAUCAUCAUGACCCUCCCUGCCUCAAACGAACCCGCCGUCUCUUCCACAGAACCCACAAGCAAGAAGAUCGUAAAGUCGGUCUCGGUCUCUGAAACUACCACAACCACAACCACAACCACAACUGAAACUGCAACUGCAACCACAACCGCAACCACAACAACCGAAGGUGAUACUAAAACUGCAGUAGCCAAGGAGACUGGAGAAGAGGUAUACGAAGAUCGCUUCCUUGAAGGAAACCAGCGUAUCAUUGCCUAUGACCUUCUGGAGGCACGCGGCAAGGCUUCCGAAACCACCGACCCCGAUGUCCAGCGCUACAAGAAGGCUAAGGAGCUCUUCAGAAAGGGUUAUGAUCUCUGUAUGUCUAUCCCCAGAUCUCUUGAAGAAGACGUCUUGGAAAAGUACGAGCAUGAAGUCAGAUCGUCUGCUGAAGAUAUGAUUGAGGCUUGGUUAAUGGAUGAGAAGGCUGCUCCCAUGUCAGAACGCGUCUUGAUUCUUGGUCAGCAAUACGAAAAGGUUUUGUUGAGAAACAUUCCUGAGGAGCAGAAGGAGGGUUUCUUCAUCAAGGAGAGCCUGCUGUUCUCUGCAUGGAUUCUCUUGGUCGGAAAGCAAUUCCAGCAUUGUAUCACCACUCUUACUUUGGCAAUUGAUACCUAUGAUGACCUCCCUGCUUGUGUUUACUUUAUCCGUGCUUCAUGUCAUCUCUCCAUGAACAAGCUGAGACUUGGAAUCAAGGACCUUGAGACCAGUUUGGAGAAGGAUCCUAAGUUUGUCAUCUCCUACAGUGUUAUUGGCUCUGUUUACAUGUCCCUCAAGGAGAACGAGAAUGCUGUUCGCAACUUUAAGCUGUACGUCCAAAAGGGUCACCCUGACACUACCAAUUACUUCAGCUGUCUCUACUCUCUCUCCGUCCUUCUUUCCCACCAGAAGGGCAAGAAAGCUGAAGCCCGCGAGUUCUACGCCAAGGCUCGCAAAGCCGAGGGUAGAUUCCAAGAAUUGUAUGGUACCACCACUUCUAUGAACGAGACCAAGCGUGAAGCUAUUAUGAGUUUUGGAUCCAAAGAAGAGAUCGCUACUCUUAAUCAGCAAUUGGAGCUCCAGCGUCAACAGCAUCAGCAGCAGCAGCAGCAGCAGCAGCAGCAACAGCAGCAACAACAGCAGCAGAUUCAGGGUGCUCCAUCCCAGCAGUACAAUGCCAAGAUUGAGCAGUUGAUUCAGUCUGGCUUCCUUUCUUCUCCCUUCCCUCCCAACCCCAAGCAGUGCUCCAACUGUGGUGCAUCCCGUCGUAAGGAUGCUACUGACAAGCCUUUGUUCUGCUGUGGUGCCUGCAAGGGCAUUUGGUACUGCGUCCGUGAAUGCCAGGUAGAGGACUACAAGAGACACAAAGUUGUCUGCAAGAAAUCGCCUAAGAAUGCCAAGGCAGCAGAAACUCAACAGCCAAAGGCAUAAACUGCUUAACAAAAUAUACGUACACACGUACAUGUAUUCUGAAGAGAAGAAAUGAAGGGGAGAAGGAAAAAAAACGCGUAAAUUGGAUAUAGUUUUUUACAUUGUAGGCUGGGUGGAUUUUGUUUUAGCUAUUUAGUUGAAAAUUCAAUUUUUUUUGUUCAUAUACACAUAAUUUAUCAUCACAUCAUUCUUAUCGCCUGCCAUUUAUAUACACAUUAUAGACACACUCUUU